AAAACCCUGCGUGUCCUUCAGCGGGAGUCUCCUCUGAGCGCGCCCGCGCGCCGUCACUGGAUGCGGUCACCCGAACCGAACCGAAACGUGCGUGUCCGUGCCCAGCUCCGGGAGCGCCCACCCAUCAUAAACCAAAGAUGACAGCUCCUUCUAACUGUACCCAAAAUGCCUCACAGGAGCACCAGUUUUUGAUGUUCUUUGACUUUGAUGAGACCAUCAUCAAUGAAAACAGCGACGAUGCUGUGGCUCGUACUCUGCCGGGACAGCAGCUUCCUGACUGGCUGAAAAACUGCUUCAGAAAGGGGCAUUAUAUUGAGCAUUCACAGCGGAUUUUGGCUUAUAUGGCAGAGCAGGGUGUCUCUAAAGACGCCAUCCAGUCUACAGUGGAGGCAAUCCCACCUUCACCUGGCAUCAUGGCCCUCUUUCAGUAUUUGCAGAACCACCUGCAGGACUUUGAGCUUGUGGUGACCUCCGAUGCCAACAUGUACUUCAUUGAGACGUGGCUGGAGCAUGCUGGGGUGCGUCACCUUUUUCGAAAGAUUUUCACGAAUCCUGGCAGUUUUGAUGCAAAAGGUCAGCUUGUGUUGCUCCCUUUCCACUCCAACUCCUGCUCCAGUUGUCCAGACAAUAUGUGCAAGCAGGUGAUCCUUCGGGAAUACCUUGCUGACCGACAGAAGGAGCGCGGUGGUGUACCUUUUCACAGGGUAUUCUAUGUCGGUGACGGAGCCAAUGAUGUCUGCCCUUGUCUGGCUCUAGGGCCAAAUGACAUGGUCUUCUCCAGGAGGGACUACCCUAUGCACAAGCUACUGAUGGAGAUGCAAAAGUCCCAGCCAACCAAGCUAAAGGCAAACAUAUUUCCAUGGACCAGCGGUUUGGAUGUCAAGCAUAUCCUAAAAAAAACAAUGGAGGAGAGAUGAAAUGUGCAUGCGUGUACGUUUACAGCUAAACAGUUGCUGUAGCUCGUAAGCAAAGGCACAAGCUUAACCCCAAGAUAGCCACAGGGCAUAGUCAGCAGCACUGAGUCACAUUAAUGGUAGUCUGGCAUAAUUCUUUAUUCUACUAAAGUAAUUAAGAAGGUCAUGUUAUGCACAUCAAACUUUGUAGCUAAAAACUACCAUGUUCCCCAUUUAGGUCUCUAAGAAAAACCUGCUUCUAUGCCUGUUGCUUUAAAUGGAAUUGCCACACCCUCUCUCCCUUCAAGGAUCCAGCAGCUUUGUGUCUUAGGCCCCUUUCACACUGGGCCCACUUCAAGUUGCGUCGUGCGGCGUCAUGACGACGCCACAUGGAUGCAACCUAGUGCCGAGAUGAUGCAGCUCAACGCCACAACACUGUGACGAACGCAAAGGACGAAGCAAAUCGGAUGCCAAAAAUUCAACAUGUUAAUUUUUUCUGCGUCGAGCACAGGACACAGAAGGAAGUGGUUUCAAGACAAGUCAAGGCAAAGCAACGGUACUCAACGUCAAUUUAUGAUUCCUGCUGUGUUUCAUUGUUCCCGAAGUAUAAAUCACGCAGGAUUGUUUUUAUACCAUGUACACAAUGCAGUAACUACACGCUCAAAGAGCACAGAAAAAAAAAUGCUGAUUGCAGCUUGACAGCUGCUGCAGCUACUCGCUUUUAAAAUCUCUCACAACUGUGUUUAAAUAAAAUCCAUAAAAGUCCUGCUCACAGACUGAUUGCCAGAGGCAGGACAUGACCACAUCCAGUAAAAAGUCCAGACAUUUCCA